AUGGGGUCAAAGUUUCCGAUUACCCAGUUGGGGACAUCACCCAGAUACAUGAUUUCUUCCCAGAGAGGAUUUUGUGCAUACAAGUAUUCGAGAAGAAUAUUCUCAGAGCAAAAGUUUCCGUUCAAGUUUGUGCCACAGUCUUUAGGGGAUAAAUUGAAGCUAAAUGACAUAAGUACUGGUUCUAUUCAAGAAAGAUUGAAUGUAUUGAUGUCAAGGACCCAAAAUUUUUUCAAUGAAGUGACUUUUCCGCUUGCAAAACCUGGUCAAAGUAAGAAGCCUGAUCCUGAAAAUGAUUUUGGAUUUCAAGUCAUGGAAGACAUAUUUAUGAUAGAGCAGACAAUUGACCGCAGAACGCCAUGUGGGGUUCUUUCCCUAGCUGCUGUGAUUUGUAUUGAACAAUUCAGCAGGAUGAAUGGAUUGACUGGGAAGAAAAUGCAGAAAAUAUUUGGAGCGCUAGUGCCUGAAUCUGUAUAUAAUGAUGCCCGUAAUUUGGUUGAAUAUUGCUGCUUUAGAUUUUUGUCUAGGGAUGGUUCUGCUAUUCAUCCUUCCCUCGAGGACCCUGCAUUUCAGAGGUUGAUAUUCAUAACCAUGCUUGCCUGGGGCAAUCCUUAUACUGAUGACCCUUCCAAUAAUGAAGAGAAGGCUUCUUUACAGAAAAAACUUGUCACUGAGGAGGCUUUUGUUCGUAUUGCUCCUGCAAUCUCUGGUGUGGUUGACCGUCCCACAGUGCACAGUCUUUUCAAGGCUCUUGCUGGCAGUCAAGAGGGCAUUUCUUUGAGCUCAUGGCUGAAUUACAUUAAUGAGUUUGUCAAAGUCCGUCAAAAACAGAUCUCGUAUCAGAUUCCAGAGUUUCCUCAACUAUCUCAGGAGAAAAUUUUGUGCAUUGGUUCCAACAGUAAGCGGCCUGUUCUGAAAUGGGAGAAUAAUAUGGCAUGGCCUGGCAAACUUACUCUUACUGAUAGAGCAAUCUAUUUUGAGGCAGUUAGCAUACUCGGAGAGAAGAGAGCUAUGAGAUUGGAUCUUACACGUAAUGGAUUACAGGUAGAGAAGGCAAAGGUUGGGCCUUUAGGGUCUUCACUUUUUGACUCUGCUGUUUCUGUUUCUUCGGGCUCAGAGAAGGAGUGGGUGCUGGAAUUCAUUGAUUUAGGAGGUGAGAUGAGGAGGGAUGUUUGGCAUGCAUUUAUAAAUGAAGUCAUCGCUUUACACAGGUUCAUACGUGAGUAUGGACCUGAGGACUAUGAUGAGUCAGUGUUUAAUGUAUAUGGAGCUCGCAAAGGAAAUGGUAGAGCAACAAUAGCUGCUAUUAAUGGUAUUGCUAGACUCCAAGCCCUUCAAUAUUUGCGGAAGUUGCUUUAUGAUCCGACCAAAAUUGUCCAGUUCUCAUAUUUACAGAAUGCACCACUUGGUGACAUUGUCCUCCAAACUUUAGCUGUUAAUUAUUGGGGCGGUCCACUAGUUACAGGAUUUGUAAAUACCCGCAAUCAAGCAGAAACUCGGUCUUCUGAUGAAAUAGCUGAUAGCCGAAACCAUGUAUUUGACAUAGAUGGAAGUAUCUAUUUGCAGAAGUGGAUGAAAUCUCCAUCUUGGGGCUCUAGUACUUCCACAAAUUUUUGGAAGAACGCUUCGGUAAAAGGUUUAAUAUUGAGUAAGAAUCUUGUUGUGGCUGAUUUAUCACUCACAGAAAGAGCAGCAAAAGCAUGCAAACUAAAGUACCACGUUGUGGAGAAGACUCAAGCAACUAUUGAUGCUGCAACUCUACAAGGCAUACCCAGCAACAUUGAUCUUUUCAAGGAGCUAAUGUUUCCUUUCGCCUUGAUUGUAAAAAACUUUGAAAAGCUUAGGCACUGGGAGGAGCCACACUUGACUGUUGCUUUUCUUGGACUCACCUAUACAAUAAUUUAUAGAAACCUGCUGUCAUAUAUGUUUCCCAUGAUGCUGAUGAUUUUGGCAGUUGGCAUGCUGACAAUCAGGGCCCUUAAAGAUCAAGGCCGCCUUGGACGAUCUUUUGGUGAAGUCACAAUACGUGAUCAGCCCCCGUCCAAUACUAUACAAAAGAUUAUGGCGGUAAAAGAUGCCAUGCGUGAUGUUGAGAAUUUUUUGCAGCAAGUGAAUGUUUCCCUCCUCAAAAUACGUUCUAUUUUACUUUCUGGCCAUCCACAGAUCACUACUGAGGUUGCACUGGUGCUGAUAUCUUCUGCAACCAUACUCCUCAUUGUCCCGUUCAAGUACAUAUUUUCCUUUCUUCUCUUGGAUAUGUUCUCAAGGGAGCUUGAGUUCCGCAGAAAAAUGGUUCAAAAGUUCAUUAAAUUCUUGAGAGAACGGUGGCAUGCGGUGCCGGCUGCGCCAGUGUCAAUUUUACCAUUUGAAAGUGGAGAAGGCAGAUCAGAAAUUUACUUGAAGGAAAUUGAGGACCAAUCAAAAUCACAAGGAAAUCAGAGCAGUGGAAAGUCCAGGUAG